AUGUCUAGCGGGAACAGAGGUGGUGGAGAUCGUGGAAGUCGGGGAAGAGGCGGGGGAAGAGGUGGCCGCGGCACUUAUGGAGGUUGGGGGGGGCGCGGCAGUUUUCGAGGCGAUACAGGCAGUAGUAGAGGACAAGCUGGAGGUGGAAGAGGAGGAUAUGGAAGGCCGACUGGCGGUGGUCAGCAGACUAUCCAGAUCUUUCCCAACUCCCAAGGCCUAAACUCACAGGUUGCAAACGUCGAAGAUACAUUACACCCAGUGACAAAAAACAAGCUCGAUCUUAAUAGCCUAAAGCUAACCGAAGGCUUUCCCAGCCGUCCAGGAUAUGGCACCAGGGGCACCAGGGUUGAACUUACGGCCAACUACGUCGAAUUAUUGCCGCCGUCGAACUUGACCUUGCAUCGAUACGAUAUCCAGAUCAGCCCUGCAGCCGUCGGUAGGAAACAUUUCCGGAUUGUGCAGCUACUACUUCAAGCGCCGGAAUUUGCAGCUCAACAGGGCGACAUUGCCACGGACUUCAGGUCUACUCUUGUCUCCAAAACCAAGUUUUCGCAGGACGAGGUCCUCGUUGACUUCCCCUAUCGCUCAGAAGGUGAAGACGAACCGACUGCUAGGGCUACCGUAUACAAAGUUCGUGUCCAAUAUAAGAAAACUUUAGACGUCGGCGAGUUGGUCAACUACUUGAACUCAACCAGCCUCAACCAGUCAUUGGUAGAUAAGCAGGAGUUGACGCAGGCUCUGAAUAUCUUUCUGAACCACUACGCCAAAUCCGCAAAGAAUCUCGUCACAAUUGGGUCGACAAAGAGCUUUUCUCUCGGCAGUGAAGCAGCCAGAGGAGACAUCGGCUCUGGUUUGGAAAUCAUUCGAGGAUUCUUUUCGAGCGUGCGCGUAGCGACUUGUCGCAUUCUUGUCAACAUCAACGUGAGCCAUGGAGCAUUUUACCAGGCUGUUCCUUUGCCGGUGCUCAUGACAAGUUACGGACUUCACAGCACCGUCAUGUUGGAAAGGUUUCUCAAAUUGGUUCGCAUACAGACAACACAUCUUCCCGAGAAGCGUAACAAAGCGAAUGAAGUUAUUCCCCGUGUCAAAACUAUCUUCGGGCUUGCUAGGAAGGACGAUGGACAUGGCUUGGCCCACCCACCGCGUGUUAGACAGCAUGGGGCUGGUGCCAAAGAUGUGGAGUUCUGGCUCGAUGGUGAAGCCAGCUCUACUGGUGCCCCUAAGCCGGUUGCCAAAGGAGGCGCGAAAGGGAAGGGCAAAGGGAAGGUUAAGGCUCAGGCAGAGAUCUCAGCAGCUUCUACCUCUGGGAGGUAUAUCACUGUGUUUGACUUUUUCAGAAUGACAUACAAUCUAGUUCUACAAAAUCCCCAACUUCCGUUGGUUAACUGUGGCAACAGAGGCAAUCCGAUGUAUCUCCCAGCAGAGGUCUGCCUUGUCCUCCCGGGUCAGCCCUCCAAGUCGAAGCUCAACGUCAACCAAGCGCAACAGAUGAUUCGCCACGCUGUUCGAAAGCCGUGGGAAAAUGCGAACUCCAUUUAUAGUGAGGGUGUGAAGACUGUUGGUCUCGAUGAGAACACCAACAUACUUUUGCGUUCUUUCGGCCUGAAGAUUGCACCGGGACUCAACAAAGUUCCAGGUCGCAUCCUUUUCGGUCCAAAGGUUAUCUACAAGAACAACAAGGCCGCUGAUCUCCGCUUCGGUAGUUGGAACAUGUUGGAUAUUCGAUUUAACAUUGGCACAUCACUUGCUAAAUGGUCAUACCUGGUGAUCUCUAUUCCUGGGAUGCCCGACUCGUUCGACCAGCAAAGCUCGCGGGCCAUUAUGAAUGAGUUCCAUACCGCUCUACAGAAGAUUGGGGUCAACGCAGCUCAGCCGUUUCCAGGUCAACGCCUCCAACUUCAACAUCAAGACGAUCCCGCGCUCGGUCCAACUUUAGAACGUGCUGCUCGAGCUUUAGAUCUGCUUUUCAUCAUCCUGCCUGGAGCAAACAUGCCAAUAUACAAGCGCAUCAAGACGAUCGCCGACAGGAGCUAUGGUAUCCACACUAUCUGCUCGGUGGGUUCCAAACUAGCAAAAGACCGCGGUCGCGACCAAUAUAUGAACAAUAUCGCUUUGAAGUUCAAUCUCAAGCUUGGCGGCAUCAAUCAGAGGGUGGAGAACAAGAAUCUCGGCAUCAUCGACCAGGACAAGACAAUGGUUGUCGGCAUCGACGUCACGCAUCCCUCACCUGGCUCGUCUUCCAACGCGCCGUCUGUCUCUGCAAUGGUGUCUUCCAUUGACAAGUUCCUAGGUCAAUGGCCCGCAACUUUGCGCAUACAGCGCGCGAGACAAGAGAACGUGGACGAUCUCACAGAGAUGCUUAAAUCUCGUCUUGGCCUCUGGAAGACAAAGGGCAAACACGUCGCUUUCCCGGAGAAUAUUCUCAUAUACCGCGAUGGAGUCUCCGAAGGCCAAUAUGACAUGGUUCUCUCGCAAGAGCUUCCUCAACUCCGCCGCGCAUGCGAGCAGAUGUACCCAGCAGCUGACACCAAAAAAGGCCUUCCGCGCUUCACUAUUAUAGUCUGUGGCAAGCGGCACAAGACGAGAUUCUAUCCCACUACCGAGAAAGACUGCGAUAGAUCUGGGAAUACUAAACCUGGUACCGUCGUCGACCGCGGAGUGACUGAAGCGCGGAACUGGGAUUUCUUCCUGCAGGCCCAUGCUGCACUCCAAGGAACCGCACGCCCAUGUCACUAUUACAUCGUGCAUGAUGAGAUAUUCCGGCAGAUUUAUGCGAAUUCGAUUCCGCUUCCGUUUCAGAGCAUCGCCGAUAUUGUGGAGGAUCUCACACACAAUAUGUGCUACCUGUUCGGCCGCGCCACCAAGGCUGUCAGUCUAUGCCCCCCGGCGUACUAUGCUGAUAUCGCGUGCGAGCGCGCGCGGUGCUACUUGGCUAGUCUUUUUGACACGCCGUCGCCAAGUGCAGCCCCGUCCAUAACUGGAACUUCGGCAGCUGGAGGAACUGGGCAGCUAAGUCCUGAUGAUGUACAAAUCCAUCAAAAGCUGAGAGAUACAAUGUUCUAUAUCUAG